AUGGCGAGUGGUCGAGUCGGCCGCCGAAAAGCGGACAAAGCCAACACUCGGCUCAGGGCCGUGCUAUUAGUCGCGCUGCUGCCAUCUUUGUGGGGACUUCCAUGCUUUGCAGGAUCCACGCUGCAGAAGACUCGAGAUGACCUCGCGCGGGCAGAGCGCGGUAAUGCAGCAGAAGAUCAGAAGCAGUACGCUGAUGGUGUUGUCCAGUCGUCGUCAAGUGAGACUUUCGAGGAGGUCUUGUCGCGAGCUACAACAGCCGAGCAAGUCUUCGAUCAGCUGGAUCAGAACAGGGAGCAUCUGCGUGUAGCUGAUGCUGUCGCCGUGCUCAAGAAGCUACUUCACAAGCCAGACCCAAGAUCGAGGGACGCAUGGCAGCCGACAGAGCCGGCGCAGCUCACCCAGCUGGAGGACUUCAAGCACCUAGUGACGACGCAGAUCGAGAUGGUGCGGAAGAUGAACAAGUUCCUUGCAGCAGAUGUCCUCAUCGAGAGUGCCGAGCUUGGAAAUCAGCUGCUAGACCUGGGCAUGCAGGAUGAAGGCCGGCAACUCUUGGAUAGCUCUCUGAUCGCCAUCGAGCGGGCGUUGCAACCCGAUGUGCUGCUUAGAGGAGGAUUUGGCUUCCUGGUCGCGGAUCUGCCAAAAAUCCUGGCAUCGUUGCCGGGAGGUCAUGACCCGAUCAGACGACGAUGCCUCAGCGCCAUCUCGUCAAAAGCCAGAAGACUCGGUCCCCACAGUCUUCUGGAUGUGGCGCAUUCUCUGGUGGAGAGCAAGGACAAGCUGCAAACGGAGGACCGUGAACUCCUCCGGCGAGUUCUGCAGAUCGCCGCCAGGAAGAAACACAUCUUCAAAGGACCACAGCUGGCGGACAUGCUCUACAGCGGUGCUCUUCUGAACGAGCGGGAUGAAGUCCUGCUGCAAGUGGCCACUCGGAAAGCCGCUACCAACAUCGGUCUCUUCGAGCACACGGACCUUGCCAAGCUAGCCUUCGCUGUGACGAAGUUGGAUUUCAGGGACCAGAACUUUCUAGGAAUGCUUGCGCAAGCGACGUCUUGGAAAGCAACUGUUAUGCCUGCAUCCACACUGAGUCAGAUUCUGCUGUGCUUGGGCCAUUUCCGCUUCGCAGACAAUGACUUGGCUAUCGAUGAUGCAGUCAAGCAACUCAAGGCUCUUCUAUUGACGGAAGAGCUCGAUCCGGGUGUGCUGAGCGAUGCUCUCAAGGGCUUGGCCCAGCUGCAGCACCUGGACAACGAGUUCCUGGAAGCAUCUGCCAAGCAACUGGCGAUGUUCACGCGAACCUUGGCUCGCCGGAAGCUGGAGGAAUCGGAGGGGGAAGAAGUCCACGACUUGAUGGUUGGAAGAGACCCAACGGAAGUCGUGAGCACUGCUGCGGCAGCGAUGGCAGCACUGCAGUACAGGAGUGACCACUUCAUGGAAGCCGUGCACGAGUUGGUUUCGGAGCACGCCGCCACUUUUACAUUUGGUGGCCUGGCCAAUGUGCUCUGGAGUUGUGCCAUUCUGGAGAGCAAGCCGGAGCUGUCGGACCUCGUUGCUGCUGCGGCUGUUCAGCUUCCGGAGCCGUCGCCAGCGGACCUUGUGCGUAUGGCUUGGGCCUUCGCUCGACUUGGAAAGCGAGACCCUGCUUUUAUCGAAAUGCUGAAACGUCAGGUUGAAGUCAUUCCGAGAUUGGAUUCAAUGCUUCUUCCAGACUUGGGCUGGGCGCUUCUCAAGCUGCAAGCCACGGAUGACGCAGUCUUGCAGAAGCUGCAAGAUCAGGCUGGACGAGUUUCCAAGCUCGACGGCAUGGACUGGAUGACGCUCAUCUUGGCUCUUCGUCGCGCCAAUCAGGCUGACGCGGCGCAGACGGACGGCCUCUUGAGUAGAUGUGCUGCCCAGAUGACAGGCAAAUUGCCUCAGCAGGCAGACUCAAGUAUUUUGGCAUUGGAUUGGCUUCUACAAUCAGUCAAUGUUCCCGAGGAUGCUGGACGGCUCCGUGAUGCCGUGGCGACUCAGGUGGCUGGUCGGAGACUCGACAACUCGAACCUGGAGAAGAUGUUCAGCGAUGAGGGCUUCUGCCUCCAGCUGCCGGCAAGUGAAAGCAAUCUGUUCGCGACCAUAUAG